AACACCGAGACGGAUGCAAUGUUGCAGAGUGACAUGUGCAGGUAGCUACGAUUCAAGGAAAUGGAUGCAGGGAUGAACAAGCAAACGCCACCUGAGCCUUUUAGGAAAAAAAAUAAGGAGAACAUAUGAGUUUGUGACUGAAGGAGGCUCCGCUGUCUGCGCGCUGACGCACGGCACAGGUGCGCACCCGCCAAGCAAAACACGUUGGUCUUUCUUUGAGACUCUGCAGUCCUCCUGAGUGAAGCCGUCAUGGAGAAAUCGAAAAACUUUCGAAUUGACGCCUUGCUUGCCCAUGAGACCAACCGUGUGAGCCGAGACCUCUCCCCCGGUCUGAGCAGCGACAGCCCAGCAGGCAGCCCGUUAUCGUGCCGCCGCGCGGACACCCCGUCUCCGCGGGCCGCACAACUUCAAGGAAUAAUCCACAAACCGGGUGUCCUGAAUCUCCCGCAUCCAGGUCUCGCUUCAAUCCCCGGCAUGUAUCAUGCCCCUAUGUACCCAUUGUCCGCGUUGGGUGGACAGCACCCCGCGUUUGCAUACACCGGUUUCACACAACUAACACAGACCUACCCAGAGCACCUAAAGGCAGCUGCCAUGGCGGGAUCUCUGCCCCUGGAGCACUGGAUCCGCGCCGGUAUCAUGAUGCCACGGCUACCAGAUUACAGCACGGGCCCUCAGUCUGGUUUGUUGGGGAAGUGCCGGAGGCCCCGCACCGCCUUCACCAGUCAGCAGCUGCUGGAGCUGGAGAACCAGUUUAAGCUCAACAAGUACCUGUCCAGACCCAAACGCUUUGAAGUGGCCACCUCCCUCAUGCUGACUGAAACACAGGUCAAGAUCUGGUUCCAAAAUCGGAGGAUGAAGUGGAAACGCAGCCGUAAGGCGAAGGAGCAAUCCACCGCUUCUGCACCGUCUGAGUCCCAGCGACUACGCAGCGGAGGAAAAACAGCCACGGACAAACCUGAUGAGAGCAGACGAGCUGUGAAACCAGACGAUAGAGGGAUUGAUCUUGAGCUGGAGGAUGGAGAAGAGGAGGAAGAGGACGAGGAGGAGGAAGAGGACGAGGAGGAAGAAGAGGUGGAAGCCCAGCAUGGUUUUCCUAUUGGGAUGCCACGAUCCACAGACUUCUUACAGCGUAGCACCGACAUUGGCUACAAUCCCCACAGCCCUUUCUCUGACGAGGAGCUGGAGGGGGUGCAGGUAGGAGGAGGUGACAGGAAGAUCGGGGCAGGACUGUGAACAGACUCUCAGGAAAUGCCGCUUUGGUUUCCUGAGUGUUACAGAGACAUUCCACUGGGACAUUACUGUGUUUGUGGUCACUAGAGAAGACAAUUUACGGUAACAUUUUAUUUGAAGGUAUCUACAUAAGAGUGACAUGACGCUGUCAUGAACACAUGAACCCUAACUCUACCCCUAACUCUAACCCUAACCCUAACU